UCACGGAUGACAUUUGCCGCCUUCACGCACCACCGCGGCGUGUUCGGCAGGUGUGGAACGCCAUGUACUGGCGGGCUUUCCCGCCCCACGGCCGGAGAGGACACGCUGGAUCCACGCGGAGCGCGCCCACGACCCUCGGAAAAAGGUGAACAUCGUCAGCAAGUCCUGCGAGGAAGGGAGAGGAGCUCAGAGGACACACAGGAUCUGUCGAGGAGGAGACACCAGACUGAAGAGAUGGUAGAGAAUGGCAGCACCUGACCUCCUUGACCCCAAAUCUGCUGCCCACAAUUCCAAGCCCCGUCUGUCCUUCUCGGCCAAGCCGGUGGUGCUGACGUGCGCGGAGGACGAGUGUGACGCCCGCACCACCGUCAUGAGGUGGAAAACCGUGUCGGCCAUCUUCUUCCUGGUGGUGCUGUACCUCAUCAUCGGCGCCACGGUGUUUCGGACGCUGGAGCAGCCUUACGAGAGCUCGCAGAAACUGGCCAUCCUGGUGGAGAAGAUGGAGUUCCUGGCCGUGCACGCCUGUGUCAACUCCUCUGAGCUGGAGGAUCUGGUCAAGCAAGUGGUUUCGGCCGUUCGAGCAGGUGUGAACCCCUCGGGAAACUCCAACAACCAGACGAGCCUGUGGGACCUCAGCUCCUCCUUUUUCUUCGCGGGGACCGUCAUCACUACCAUCGGAUUCGGGAACACCUCCCCUCACACGGAAGGGGGCCGCAUAUUCUGCAUAGUCUACGCCCUGAUGGGGAUUCCCCUAUUCGGCUUCCUGUUGGCCGGCGUGGGCGAUCAGCUGGGCACCAUCUUCGGGAAGGGCAUCGCCAAAGUGGAGAAGAUGAUAGUGAAGUGGAAAGUCAGCCAGACGAAGAUCCGCGUCAUCUCCACGCUGGUCUUCAUCCUGUUCGGCUGUCUCAUCUUCGUGGCGCUGCCAGCUGUCAUCUUCAAGCACAUCGAGGGCUGGAGCACGCUGGAGUCCAUCUACUUCGUGGUCAUCACCCUCACCACCAUCGGUUUUGGAGACUUUGUCGCCGGGGAAAAAGGUGGGUCGGAGAGUCCAGAGUACCUGAAGUACUACAAGCCUGUGGUGUGGUUCUGGAUCCUGGUGGGCCUGGCCUAUUUCGCCGCCGUCCUCAGCAUGAUCGGAGACUGGUUUCGAGUCAUCUCCAAGAAAACUAAAGAGGAGGUCGGUGAGUUUCGCGCCCACGCCGCAGAGUGGACGGCGAACGUGUCUGCGGAGUUCAAAGAGACCCGGAGGAGACUCAGCGUGGACAUCUAUGACAGGUUCCAACGCGCCGCGUCUAUUAAGCGCAAACUGUCGUCCGAGCUCGGCAUCAACGCCUCCAUGAACCAGCAGAUGACGCCGGGCAAGCGGACAUUGUCGGCCAACCUGGGCGAGGACAGGGAGGCGUACGCCAACUUGACUCUCUCCCUCGGCCCCGUGCCGGGGGCCCUGACCAGGAACGGCAGCCUCUUCCUGAACGGCCUCAGCCCGGAUUUUGCCGACAGGCGGGAUAUUGGAGUCAGUGACAACCCCAAAUGAGGAACAAAAACAGUCCAACAUUUGGAUGCACGUUUUGUUUAGACUGAACUUUCAGGUUGUCUUCAACAUAAAUCCAUCAUGUCUGUGCCAACAUGGUCAUCACCGUCACCGUCUUCUCAUUAGAAUUUAGUAAGGAGUGAUGAAAAAUGACCAACGUCCUGAAAACGUCCUCCACAAAAAUGGUGGACA